AUGACACCUCGCACGUACCGUGGAAACUGUCACUGCGGUGCCUUUGUGUACUCCAUUGCCGGCGUGAACGAGAUUUCCGAAGUUAUCGAGUGCAACUGCAGCGUAUGCUUCAAAAAGGGAUACAUGCUGUUCUUCCCUGGCGACAAUGCGCAGUUUACUCUCGUCAAGGGCACUGAGGCUGACUUGGCCAGCUAUACGUUUGGUCCAGCCACGCUGAGUCACAAGUUUUGUCCAAAAUGCAGCACCGGUCUAUUUGUUUGUAGCGAGGGAAAGCCUCUGGGACAAGGAAUCGGCUUGAAUGUCCAUGCUAUCCAGGGCGUGAAUACAUGGAAAGUCACAAAGAAGCCCUACGAUGGUGCUGCCAUCGGUGAUGCCUACGUGACGUCCAAGUACAAUGGGCCAGAGCCCGCCAGUAUCCCCAACGGCAAGCGAUAUACCGGAAGCUGUCACUGCGGUAAUAUCAAAGUGGCAAUGGAGAAUGAGGAAAUGGAAGGCCAUCCGACGAUGCGGAUUGUCAUAUGCAACUGCAGCAUUUGCGAACGGCUCGGUGUUGUCUGGGUGUAUCCACAGACUGAGCAGGUUCAGCUAGAUGCGGCCCCUGAUGCCAUUGGAAAGUAUAGUUUUGCAUACGGCAUACUGGAGAAGCUGUUUUGUAAACGCUGUGGCGUGUGCACCAGUAAUGUCGCCGCGGAUCUCAAUGAAGCACAGCUCAAGGCGAUGCCACAGAAUUAUGCUGAUUACUGGGCUCGUCAUCGCAAACUGCAUCCCGUCAACAUACUCACGUUGGAUGGUGUUGAUAUGGAAAAGAUCAAGAUUCAGUAUCUGGAUGGGUGGAAGGAUAUUCCAAACCCGGGCAGCGGCGCGUACGUUGAUCCAUGAGAUCCAUGAGAUCGGUCAGUAUGGUUGUAGAUGUUUUGGAGAUUUAGCGGUGGUGUUGAGGCGUGUAGUGAGUUGAUUAUGCUGGUGAAGUUGGUUGUGUCUCUCCAUUUCAGUUGGCUAUUCUAAAUGUAUUAAAUCGAGCCCACGUGAGGCUGCCGUUGAUGAAGAUGUAUGUGAAUAAUCUGAAGCUCAAUGCGUACUUCACAUGGCUGGUUGUAGAUGUUGGAAG